AGGAAAACGGAAGAGCAAUGGGAAGCGCACCGGCACAAAUCCCGACGAGCUUCGGACACGAGCUCAGGGCUUGCCUUCGUUGCCGCCUCGUCAAAACAUACGAUCAGUUCAGAGAAUCAGGAUGCGAAAACUGCCCAUUCUUUAAGAUGGAUGGAGAUAACGAGCGCGUCGUCGAUUGCACCACUCCUAAUUUCAAUGGGAUGAUCUCUGUGAUGGACCCCUCUAGAAGCUGGGCUGCUCGUUGGCUUCGAGUUGGAAGAUUUGUCCCCGGCUGUUACACACUUGCAGUUUCAGAGGCACUUCCAGAAGAUAUGCAGGCUCUCUGUGAAGAAGAGCAUGUGCAGUAUGUGCCCCCGAAACGGGUAUGAUGGCGAGUGUCGACGACAUUGUAAGUAUCGAAAAUUGCAUUUUAUGAGUAAUGGAGGAGGACAAAAGGUUAUCAUGUCGGAUGGUAACAACGAAUUGCACCA